AUGUCCAACCUCGUAGCAGAAGCGACAUCCUUCGUCCACUCCUACGCCGCCCUCUUCGCCUCUCCCGACGCCUCCUCGCCGGACCAUGUCGGUGCUCUCUGCGAGAAGAUUGGCCGGCAUUAUAGGCCGGGCAUGACCAUGUUCACCAACGGGCAGAUCUCACGCUUCGACACCCAGAGAGAUGCAGCGCAGUUGAUCGAGAAAGAAAUGCGCAACAACAUCUCCACCGGCCUUGGAACCAAACUCCUGCUCCGAUCCAUCGACAAAAUCGAACCUUACAGCGAGACGUCGGCUAUAUGCUGGUUGAAGUGGACGUUUGAGCCGAUGGAAGGGAGUGAGUUUGAGGGGAAGGGGUGGACUUUUGUGAAUGUGUAUGGGUUUAGGAAGGAAAAGGAAGAUGAGGGAGAGGGGAAGGGGGGAAGGGGGUGGGAGUGGGUGGUGCGGGAUCAGGAGGUUGAUGAGGUUAGGAGGGUCACUGGGGGGACUUUUGAGUGA